AUGGAUUCCACCAAAAAAACAAUUGGUGCCAGCAAAUUCACAGAAGAGAAGCUUGGCCAGGCUGAGAAGACUGAGUUGGAUCCACACUUGGAGAACCUGAUCACUCGUGCCGACUCCACCAAGAAUUGGACUGAAAAGAUCUUAAAACAAACAGAGGUGCUACUGCAGCCCAAUCCAAGUGCUCGGAUCGAGGAGUUCAUCUAUGACAAGCUGGACAAGAAGCUUCCCUCCAGGACGACCAACGCGGAGCUGCUGGGUCAGUACAUGCUGGACGCCGCCAUCGAAUUCGGUUCAGACACGCCAUACGGCAAGACCCUGAUCACAGUAGCGGAAUACCAGAAGAGGCUCGGAGGAGCCGAGCGCGAGUUCCUCCACACUUCAGCCGUCACUUUCCUCUCACCUCUGCGCAACUUCCUGGAGGGAGACUGGAGGACCAUAUCAAGUCAGAGUGAUGUACUCGCUGCUGGAGGUCUUCAGGGUGAUGAUGUGUUGCACAGGUUUGCUGCAGGCACGCCUGAAAAAAGCAAGCUGGCAGAAGCCAAAGCGGCGGCUACACCUGAUUUUCAGGAGACUCGGCCUCGAAAUUAUGUUCUUUCUGCCAGUGCAUCAGCGCUGCUCAGUGAGGAAGUGGACAAAGCAGAACACGAGCUUCGCGUAGCCCAGACGGAGUUCGAUCGCCAGGCUGAGGUCACCAGGCUGCUGCUUGAAGGCAUCAGCAGCACACAUCUCAACCACCUGCGCUGUUUGCAGGACUUCGCUGAAGCUCAGGCCACAUACUACGCUCAGUGUCAUCACUACAUGCAGGACCUUCAGCGGGAGCUCAACAGAUGUGCUAAUGCUGUCAGUGCACCCCACUCCUCUGCCUCCGUCUGCCCCAACCCUGUGUCCCCCGCCUUUCUGUCUGGACCGGCAUCCUCCGGAGCCGCUGUCCCUGCCGCCUCCUCCUCAUCCAGCCAGAAGCCGGUCACGCUCGCCAUGGAGCAGUCACAGCUGCCCGUCACGGGUGCCAGGAAGGCCAGGGUCCUGUAUGAUUAUGAUGCCCACGACACCAGUGAGCUGUCAUUGUUGGCUGAUGAGCUCAUUACCGUCUACACCGUACCAGGAAUGGACCCCGACUGGCUGAUCGGAGAACGAGGAAACGAAAAGGGCAAAGUACCCGUCACCUACCUAGAACUGCUGAGCUAAUGGACCAAGCAACACACACACACACACACACACACACACACACACACACACACACACACACACACACACACACACACACACACACACCCCUGCAAAAACCUCUAUCCACCGUCACACAUGUGGACUGGGUAGACCUGCUGUUGGCCCCAGUUUGUGCUCCUUGUGUAUUGGUUCAGCUCACAGAGGGAACCCCUGCACUGACUUCUAUGCUAAUAACCCAGCACUGUUUGAAAAUGCUGUGCAGGUAUCUUCUAACCACCUGGAUAAAAUAAUAUAAAGAUUUAUCAAGGUGAGAUAGUGGAGAACUUAGUUAGCAAGCUCUAUCCAUAGACUGUAUCUGAUAAUUAGUGCCAAUUACCAGGCUAAUAAAUUCCCCCAGAGCUCAGAUGUUCUUGGACAGUCUUUUGAUACAAUUAACUCUACAGAAUGGCAAUAAUGAUACAGUUAUUUUAUUACAUUUUUCAGUUUAUUCAACUCAAAAAAGAAGAAAAAAGUUGAGUCAUUUAAAUUUGGACUUUUAUGAAGGAGCACAUAGAAAAGAAAAGGAGUGCUGAAAAACUAAAAUGAGCCUACACUUCAUUAUGACACAAAUUUUAUUUACACCAGAUGUUCUCGUAGCUCCUUUGUUAUGGUACAAAGGAGUUAGUGAAUGCUUUAAUCUCCACACAGCAUUUGUUGAGUAUCAAAAGCCAGUCCUGGUAACUUUCGAUUUCAGAUGAAAGCAAAAGCCUCUUUAGUAGGCACCAAUGUUUUGUGUGCUUAUGUCGACCAUGUGGAUGGGAGUCUUGAGGUUUUCAUGAUGAUCUCUGUAGGUGUCCUGCCAUUUCAAGAGAUUGAACCUAAUUCUGGAAAUACCUGCACAGCUACGGUAUUUUAAUUUUUAUGAGACCAGAGAAAUCAGUGUGACGGUCCCCUCUGUUAUACGCAGAGACCAAACUGCAGCUGGCUUCCCAUCUCCUGAUCUGAGGCUGUGUGAAAAAACUUAUGCAAAACUGCCUGUUUGACUCAUUUCUAGUAAUACUGAUGAUUAUCAGAAAGAAACCUGUGACUGUACGAGUCAGGUUAUGUUGAUGUGGCCUAUUACUUAGAUUUCCUCUUAUUUCGUAAUGUGUACACAGAGUGUAAUGAAGCGCACAGUUUGUUGACUGCGCAAACGUGUCUGUUGUUGUGUGGAAUCUUACACAGUUCUGGCAAAUACUCUGACAUCUGUGAAAACUUCAAAGACCCAGGCCUUGUUUGAUCCAUUAAAGAAAAAUUCCAUGCAAUAAUUAUUA